AUGAGUUCACGUAAAUUAAGUGGAGCUCGACGAAGGAAACUUCUUAGGAAGGAGGAAGAGAAAUCUAAAGAAUUGUUGAAAAAAGUUCCAAAACUAGACAAUUAUUUUAAAAUUGCACCCAAAACUAGUGAGACGAAUUUAAUACAGCCACAUAUGGAAGACGAAGAAUAUGACAAUAAUAACGUAAUAACAUAUUCAUCUACAUCAGGAACAGGGACGUGGUCGGAAAAUUCAGAUAAAAAUGCGAUUGUCGCUACCAUAAACAAUGUGGUUACUGUUGGUGAUAAUUUGUCAUCAGAACUAAUUCGAAGAAAAAUAGCCUAUGAAAGGGUCUCAAACACGUUUGGAUUUAUGGGAUCGUUAUGUAAUCUUUCGGACAAUCAAAUUUCAAUAGAGGCAGCAAAUUUAUGGCAGAGUUAUCAGUAUGAACUUGAUAGAGAUUUUGCAGAAGAAUGUAUACAAUUUAAAUACGUUCUAAAAGCUUUGAAGGAAGAAAACAAAGAAGAAAACAAAGAAGAAAACUACAAUAUGGCUAAGAUACUACAAGUUCUGAGAAGACUUAAAAUAGUUGCAACAUAUCCAAAUAUCGACACUGCUUUAAACAUUUUUUUUGACAAUACCGGUAACUAA